AUGAAGAUCGCGAAGAAAGGUUUUUUUGAACUGAUCGUGCUAUUGGUGUCAGUGGUGGCGAUAGGAGCAACACCCUUCGUUUUUAAUCCAUUGCCAGAAAGUACAAGUAAUGCGCUGAGCAAACUACUCGGCGAAAUUGGCGGAGCUGCUGAUGAUGUUAUUGCCGUUAUUCAAAACGCCACGAAAACUGGCAGCGCCAGUGCUGAGAAUAUAGCAGAUCUCAUCAAAAACGUUACCGGUACCCUUCUGCAAGACGCCGUAACUAUUGGCAAUCAAAUUGAGGCACACUCCAGUGAGUUGAUUAAAAGAAAUAUUAACGGUUUUCAAGCAACUUUGACCAGAUUACGUACUGAAUUGCAGAUACGCAGACAAAACAUUCGAAAUUUAGCCAAACAAGCUAUAAUCUCACGCAUUGAAGACUGGGUCCAAAGCGUGGCGCAGCUUGCUGAAAACGUACAACAACGCAUUGAUGAAGUUAAAGAAACUUGGAACGAUAAUAUAAAUAAACAAAGCGCACAACUCUUAAGUGAUUGGAAUGUAUGGGCAAGUAAUGUGCUAGAAAGAGUGUAUCGGCAAACCGAUGGCAAUGAGGAGUUGAUGGAAGCAGCUGAAAAUAUAAUCAAUGAACUCGUCAACACAUACAGCGUUUUGAUAAACAAUUGCGUUGAGGGUGUUUCUACUGAUUUGGAAAACUAUCAAAUGCGAGUAACAACUGCCUUGAGCAACUUCGAAGGACAAAUCAAUGAGCUGAUAAUUCAACUUGAGGAAUGCAUACAGACUAAUAAUAAUACGGCACUCAGUUCUGAUUGCAAAACUGAACUAAUAAAUCAAUUACAAAACCUUCAAACAGUGCCUGUCACAAUUAUCGAACUUAAUCUAGAGGGACUGAAACUCUCGCGUCCGAACUUCAUUAAAACGCCAUGCGUCAGGCAAACAUUAGCUGAUUUUGCUCUGCAAAAAUUACGCACAGAAAAAAAAAUUGCUGAUCUUAUAAAGAAUGGAAUUGGAAGCAGUACAAGCGCUACAGAUGUCGGAAAUACUGACGAAAGUGGUGCGAAUGACAGCACAGAUAACAGCGCAGGUGAUGAUAACACGGAUGGUAGCUCAGCAGACAGUACUACUUCUGCAUGA